CUAAAAACAGUAACAUCAAUUAUUCUAGUUGUCAAUUUUGGCAUGUCUUAAAAUUCAAGAGAAAAUAAAUUCUAGUAAGUUAUCAUCAGUGUCAGUUAUUAAAGUAAACUUGACUUUAGAUUUAGUGAACUUAAUUUUCAAUAAUUUUAUCAAACUCAUAAUCUAAGUUUAUUCCUCAGUUUUCCUGAUCGGAUCAUCUAGGCUAUUCACAAUUCCUUAGAAGAGUCUUUUCAGUUGAACACACAAAAUGGCUGCAGGGACAACCCUCCAAAAAGCCAUCGAUCUAGUAACAAAAGCAACAGAAGAAGAUAGAAAUAAGAAUUAUGAAGAAGCACUGAGGUUGUAUGAACACGGUGUCGAAUAUUUUCUUCAUGCUAUUAAGUAUGAAGCUCAAGGAGAAAGAGCGAAAGAGAGCAUCAGGGCAAAAUGUCUACAGUACUUGGACAGAGCUGAGAAACUUAAGGAAUACUUGAAGAAAGGAAAAACCAAGAAACCUGUCAAAGCAGGAGAAAAAUCAAAUGACGAGAAGAAGAGCGACAGCGAUAGUGACUCCGAUGAUCCGGAGAAGAAGAAGCUGCAGGCUAAGCUGGAAGGAGCGAUUGUGGUGGAAAAGCCGUGCGUCCAGUGGUCGGACGUGGCGGGGCUCGAAGGUGCUAAAGAGGCACUUAAGGAAGCUGUCAUCCUGCCGAUACGCUUCCCUCACCUGUUCACCGGCAAACGUAUACCUUGGAAAGGAAUAUUGUUGUUUGGCCCUCCAGGUACAGGAAAGUCAUAUCUGGCAAAGGCGGUGGCAACAGAGGCCAACAACUCCACAUUCUUCUCAGUUUCUUCAUCAGACCUAGUGUCGAAGUGGCUAGGAGAGUCAGAGAAGCUAGUGAAGAAUCUGUUUGAGUUGGCCAGACAACACAAGCCCAGCAUCAUCUUCAUUGAUGAGGUUGACUCCCUGUGCUCGUCCAGGUCAGACAACGAGUCAGAGUCCGCUCGCAGGAUCAAAACUGAGUUUCUGGUUCAGAUGCAAGGAGUUGGAAACGACAACGAUGGCAUUUUAGUUCUUGGAGCUACAAAUAUUCCAUGGGUAUUGGACGCAGCCAUCAGAAGGCGUUUUGAGAAGAGGAUAUACAUAGCUCUGCCUGAGGAACAUGCCAGACUUUCAAUGUUUAAACUGCAUCUCGGCAACACGUUCCAUGUCUUGACAGAAGAAGAUCUGAAGGAGUUGGCAAGACGAACUGAGGGGUACUCAGGGGCUGAUAUCAGCAUCGUGGUGCGCGAUGCCCUGAUGCAACCUGUGCGCAAGGUGCAGACGGCAACCCACUUCAGACAUGUAAGAGGACCUUCGCGCACCAACCCAGAGGAGAUGGUGGACGACCUGUUGACUCCUUGCUCUCCUGGUAGUCCAGGGGCAAUAGAGAUGACAUGGAUGGAGGUGCCAGGCGACAAGCUGUACGAACCUCCAGUCACUAUGAGUGACAUGCUGAGGUCGCUAGCCACCUCCAAACCAACUGUCAACGACGACGACAUGGCAAAGCUUAGAAAGUUCCAGGACGACUUUGGCCAAGAAGGGUGACUGUUUUUAUUGCAAAUACUGAUGGACAACCUAAUGUGCUUAUUUUUCCAUAUUCCUAUCUACACACAGAUCAUAAAAUAUGUAUAGAUACAAAUUGUAAUAAUUUAUUUAAAACUGCAUAAUUGUAAUAUAUUUUUAUAUAAUUUUAUCAUAUAAAUCUUGUAGUGGUUGCCUACAUGAUCCUUUGUUGAUUACUUUGAAAGUUAAAAUUUUACAUGGUUUCAGCUUUUUACAGUAUACAAAUUCAGACUUUAUUUUCGAAAGCUUGGCUUUGUUGAAACCCGCUGCACUUGUUGUAUUGAACUACAAUUAUGAUAAAAUGCAUAAUCAUGAUAACAAUGACUGUAUUAUACAUAACUUCAUAACUGUAACUUAGUUUAUUGAAAUGUAACUUGUAUAUUUGUCUUUCUGAUUGAUGGAUUAUAUUAAACAUAUUUAUUCUGUGAA